AUGAGAAGACGUUUCACUAGUCAAAAGAACACUAACGCAAAAGCAGAGAUUACGGUUGGUUAUAACGUAAAUGAUGAUAAAUCACGAAUUAUUCAAAAUGUUAAAGUUAAUGUUAGUCCUGAAUUAACAAGGUCAGCAACUCAACCAAAUUUAUUAACUCGUGACUUACCGAAAAAGGAGGAGGAAAAUAAAGAAAACCAUGAGAAUGGAGACCCAAUCAUUUUAUCUGAACCCGGUAAAGAACCUGUUGAAAUUCCCACUUAUCCAACAUACCCCCCACCUCUUUCAUCAAACAUCGAGAACCCAGGAAUCUACGAUUCCAGUCGCAAUGCGCCAUAUAAAAUAGACAUUAAUUCUGAAUUAAUGAAAAUUUACCGUGAUAUAAUAACUGAUAAUUAUGAUUCAAUAAUAAAUUUAAUUGAUCAAUCCGGUUUAAUUAUUUUACCUUAUGAAUCAUUAAUUCACAUUAUCGCCAUUCUUUGUGAUGUUCAAGAUUCAGACGUUAAGAUUCAAUUUUUCAUAGAUGAUGAGGUUUCAUGCUGCGGAACAGUUGCAAAAAUAAAUCCUAUAAAGGAUAUUAGCACAAUUAAGAUAUCAAAGAACGGAACAACAACUGAACUUCAUUUAACAUAUAAUGAUAUUUAUAAUAAAAUAGUUGAUGAAUAUAAAAUAUCACUUGAAAAAUUCUUUGUUAAGGCCAUUUAA